AUGUCCAAGUCUGGAAAGCUGAGAGAGGAACGGGCAAGAGUUCCAGCUGAGGAUCGGAGAAAGGAACCACAAAGAACUGCAGCUAAGGAUCAGAAGAGGGCAGAAAAGACACAAAAGGCAGAAGCUACGAGGAAAAGAAGGGAGCAGAGGAAGGAGCACGACAGGGAGAACGGUUGCUGCGUGCAGUAG